CGCACGCCGGUGUCUCCCUGGUUGCGCAAGACGCCAUUUUGAAGUGACAGUGAAAGAUAACGGAAAGAUCGAGAAGCUGUCUUUCUUAAAGCUUCGUCACCAUGGGGAAUGUAUUUGCAAGCUUAUUCAAAGGCCUGUUUGGCAAAAAAGAGAUGAGGAUUCUUAUGGUUGGGCUCGAUGCUGCUGGAAAAACAACCAUCCUUUAUAAACUGAAGCUUGGAGAGAUAGUCACCACCAUUCCCACCAUUGGUUUUAACGUUGAAACUGUAGAAUACAAGAACAUCAGCUUCACAGUGUGGGAUGUGGGCGGUCAGGACAAAAUCAGGCCGCUGUGGCGCCACUACUUCCAGAACACUCAAGGGCUUAUCUUUGUGGUGGACAGCAACGACAGGGAGAGAGUGAACGAGGCGAGGGAGGAGUUGUCCAGAAUGCUCGCAGAGGACGAGCUCAGAGACGCUGUGCUGCUCGUUUUCGCAAAUAAACAGGAUCUCCCCAACGCUAUGAACGCUGCAGAGAUCACAGACAAGCUGGGCCUGCACGCCCUCCGUCAGCGCAGCUGGUACAUCCAGGCCACCUGCGCCACCAGCGGGGACGGCCUGUACGAGGGCCUGGACUGGCUCUCCAACCAGCUCAAGAACCAGAAAUGAUCCAUUCCAACAGUUUGUUUUUUUUGAUUAUUAUUUUUUUUUUGUUUGUUGUUUAUUUUUUCUGUUUCAAAACACAGCGGCAGCACCGGACCCAGGCCCCCC